AUGGCUAGAGAAAGCACUGCGCCAAUGGAGCCCCUCACUCCAGGGGGAAAACCAAACACCCAGCCUCACCCGGCACACAUCCAGGAACCCGAAUUCGGAAAACCCUCACCGAUCGGCCCCGCACAGCACAGGUCAAACCACCUUUUCAACAUCCCGAAGCCAAAUCAAUCUCGUGCCGAACAUCAUCGACCCGUCCCUCGACCGCAUCCGCAACAGCAGCCACAAUCACACCAGCAAGGCCAUUCGACUGCUACGCCGUUGGUGAAGCGAAGCGAGCCAUGGGAUCCAUUCAAGCCGGUCGCACCAUCAGCCUACAAUAACCCUCGCGGAGGGUUCCAACAUGGCGCAGUGAGUAUCAAGCGACCCGAAAAUGUUACUUGGACAACUCCCCGGGCCCCUAGGCCUGUAUAUCAAUCCAAGCCUGUUCCACCAAAGAUGGCGGGCGCGACGAAGAAUAUACAGAAGUUUAUAGAUCUCACACGCGACGACACUGAUCCUGUUCCAAGGGCAUCAGCCUAUGCGGCGCCGGGCUUCGGGGCUAUGGAUAUGAAUGGCUACGUGGAUACGGCUAUGGCAAACGAGAACAUCAAAGCUUUGCUGGAGGGUGCAUUCGAGGAUGAGGAAGACAAGGCUGAGCCGAAACCUAAGGGCAAGAAGAAGAAGGGUGGAAAGAAGUCCAAGAAGAUGUCACAGAAGAAGCAGGAUGAUGAAGUCGCGGUGGACGAGAAGAAGGAACAAGCGAUUGACGACCUCGAUGAUCUUGCUGCUCAACUUCAAGGGGUCACAGUGAACGACCCGAAGGAUAAUAAUGGCGCCAAGUCUGGAAAAGAUUCAUCUACCAAGCUUGAUGAAGAAGACAACGAGGCGGCAGAGGCGGAAGAAGAAGAAGAUGAAGAUGAGGAGGAGGAUUCCGACGAUGAAGAUGCCGGAGUCGUCGAAGGCUUAAAAGUGACUCUUCUUCCCCAUCAAAUUGAAGGUGUGAGAUGGAUGUGUGACAAGGAGACUGGCCGAAAGACGUCCAAAGGGAUUUUCCCCAAAGGCGGAAUCCUUGCAGAUGAUAUGGGUUUGGGCAAAACAGUGCAAGCUAUUGCUUUACUGCUCAAAAACCGCAAAUCUGAUCACGAAAACAGCGAUGACAACACCGAGUCCGCAGGCAAGACGACCAAGUUUCCCCCAAAUUGCAUUGCCUCCACUUUGGUAAUUGCGCCACUUGCACUCAUCAAGCAAUGGGAGGCAGAAAUCAAGGACAAAGUUGAGCCAUCCCACAAGCUGAGUGUUUGCAUCUAUCACGGUACAACACGCGCAAAGGCUUCAACGACUUUAGACAAAUACGAUGUUGUAAUCACAACGUAUGGAACUCUUACCUCCGAAUUCAACUCGUCCGCAUCAGACAAGGCCAAAAAGGCGGGUAUUUUCGCAGUUCAUUGGUACCGUAUCAUUCUUGACGAAGCGCAUACAAUCAAGAACCGUAACGCCAAAGCUACCCAGUCAGCAUACGCAUUGGAGGCCCAACACCGCUGGUGCUUGACAGGAACGCCAUUGCAAAACAACCUGGAUGAGUUGCAGAGUCUCAUCAGAUUCCUUCGCGUGAAGCCCUAUGACGAUUUGGCCGCAUGGAGAGAUCAAAUCAGCCGGCCUUUAAAUAAUGGCCGUGGAGGUCUCGCUAUUCAGCGACUGCAGGUCUAUCUGAAGGCCUUUAUGAAACGGCGCACAAAGGAUGUGCUUAGACUGAAUGACAAUGUGAAGCCUGGCGAAGAAGAACCAGACGGCAAGCCAAAGAAGUCCUCAAAUGGAUUCCACAUCACUAAGCGUGAGGUCAUUAAGGUGGCUGCCGAAUUCAUGCCUGGUGAGUUAAACUUCUACAAACGUCUCGAACAGCGAACGGAGAACAGUCUUGAGAAAAUGAUGGGUGGUUCCAAGGUCGAUUACGCUGGAGCUUUGGUUCUGCUGUUGCGUCUUCGCCAGUCCUGUAAUCACCCAGACUUGGUCAAGGGUGAUUUAGCCAAAGACAAAGAUAUUCUUUUGCAGAACGGCAGUACGAAUAGCCAGUCGAAGUCGGAUGACCUUGACAGCAUCGCCGAUCUUUUCGGGGCGAUGAGCGUUGUGGCAAAGAAAUGCGAUGUUUGCCAAACGGACCUGAGUCAGGCUGAAAUCAAGGCUGGUGGCAGUCGCUGUGGUGAAUGUGAGGCCGACUUGAAUGCCGAUGUCAUAGGCACAGAAAAGAAGAAGAAAAAGAAGUCGAAGAAGAGCCACAAAAAGCCUGACGUUCCGGACUCACCGUCAGCCCGCAAAUCCGAUGCACAAAUUGCUCGUUCUCGCAAAAAUCGACGAGUCAUUAUUGACAGUGACGACGAAGACGAAGAAGAAGGCGAUUGGGUUAUACCUCGCGACCAGCGCAAGAUGCCUAACCUCGGAAAAGCAGGUGGCUCGGACGAUGAAGACGCUGAAGGGGGUGGUGAAUGGCUCAUUUCGGAUGAUGAGACCGAUGAUGAGACCGAUGAUGAGGUCGAAUCACCCUCCAGAAGGAAGAGCCAGCCCAUAAUUCUGAGCGGUUCCGAUGAUGAGAGUGAUUCCGAAGCGGAUGACAUCUACAACGAUGAAGGAGAAAACGGAGAGCUUCCAUCCACUAAGAUUCGUCAUCUUAUGCGGAUUCUGCAUCGCGAGGCACCGGACUUCAAGUUCAUCGUUUUCUCCGUCUUCACAUCUAUGCUUGAUAAGAUUGAGCCCUUCUUGAAGAGGGCUAAUAUUGGUUUCGCUCGCUACGAUGGUGGAAUGACAAAUAACCACCGCGAGGCUAGUCUCGAAAAGCUUCGAAACAACAGAGGCACCCGGGUCUUGCUCUGCAGUCUACGUGCUGGUGCAUUAGGCCUCAAUCUGACAGCCGCUAGCCGUGUCGUUAUCUUGGAGCCCUUCUGGAAUCCCUUUGUGGAGGAGCAAGCUAUUGAUCGUGUCCAUCGCCUGAAUCAAACCAUUGACGUAAAGAUCUACAAGAUGGUCAUCAAGGGUACCGUGGAGGAACGCAUUGUUGCGUUGCAAGACCGCAAGCGCGAACUGGCCAAUGCCACCAUCGAGGGCAAGACCGGCGCUGGCAAGCUCACCGUGCGCGACAUGAUGGCGCUCUUCGGUCGUGAUGCAGAAUCCCGAUUCACCGAUAACCAGAGCACCCUAGACUUCAACCAGCCUACUCGACUGCUGAAUACUGGUGAUGAGAAUGAGCCUGCUUCUUCCUCCACUCAGGAGUCUGCACACUCUGUUCCGCGCGGCCGGGGAAACGAGGUCAAGCCUAACCGGCCGCGAAAUGAAGACUCGGUUUAUGGCCGACGGUGGUAA